GCCUUCGCCGUGCUGGAGAAAGAGACGGAGUUAGCUCAUCACCAGAGUGGACAUAACAGUGGUGUGAUUCACAGUGGGAUUUACUACAAACCCGGAUCUCUGAAAGCCAAGCUGGGUGUGCAGGGUGCAGCCCUCUGCUACAAGUACUGUGACCAGAAGGGAAUACCGUACAAACAGUGUGGGAAGCUAAUUGUAGCUGUUGAACAAGAUGAAAUUCCAAGACUCAAAGCUCUGUAUGAAAGAGGACUGCAGAACAACGUCCCAGGUCUGAAACUGAUUGGAGCAAAAGAAAUCCAAACGAAAGAACCCUUCUGCAGGGGUCUGAUGGCCCUUGAUUCCCCAUAUACCGGCAUUGUGAAUUACAAAGAAGUGGCCCAGUCCUAUGCUGAAGACUUCCAGGAAGCAGGUGGGACCAUCUUGACUGAUUUUGAAGUCACAAACAUGGAGAUGGCUAAAGAAAGUUCUUCAGAAAGUGAAGAUGGACUGAAAUACCCAGUCAUUGUUAGGAACUCAAAGGGUGAGGAAAUCUACUGUCGGUACAUUGUGACCUGUGCAGGACUUUACUCAGACCGCCUGUCUGAGAUCAGUGGCUGCAGUCCUGAACCUCGUAUUGUACCCUUCCGUGGAGAUUAUUUGGUGCUAAAACCAGAAAAGUGCUAUAUGGUUAAAGGAAAUAUUUAUCCGGUUCCCAAUCCUCGGUUCCCUUUUCUGGGAUUUCAUUUCACACCAAGAAUGGAUGGCAGUGUUUGGCUUGGUCCUAACGCAGUACUAGCCUUUAAGCGAGAGGGCUACAAAUUGUUUGACUUCAGCACUGGAGACUUUUUAGAUGCCGUAACAUACAGUGGGUUAUGGAAGCUUGUGCUGAGAAACCUGUCUUAUGGAAUGAGUGAAAUGUACAGAGCGUGUUUCCUUAGCGCACAGGUGAAGCAACUUCAGAAGUUCAUCCCUGAGGUCACCAUCAAUGAUGUACUCAGGGGUCCAUCUGGAGUGAGAGCUCAAGCAUUGGACAGUGACGGAAAUUUGGUAGAUGACUUUGUAUUCGAUGGAGGCAGUGGAGAUAUUGGAAGCAGAAUUCUUCAUGUCAGAAAUGCCCCUUCUCCUGCUGCUACCUCCUCCCUUGCCAUCGCAAAAAUGAUUGCAGAUGAAGUGAAGCAAAGAUUUGAAUUGUGA